GUGAACAUCCUGAAAUGUUAAGCCAAAACUUUCCAGUUGCCAUCUGAGGGCUGGCUGCAGUGUAGAUCAUAAACCCUACACUCUAUGUAAACAAAUGGGAUGUGAGCCAAUCAGCGUCCUAGCUUUCUCAAGAUGUGUUCUUCUCACUCUGUUUGGCCUUGAUGGUAGCAAGUCUCCUUGAGACUAUCCUCAUCACCAAUGUUGUGUAUGGUUCCCGUGACUUGCCUCCCUUACCCAAGUGGCUCAAGAUUCUGGUCCUGAAAUAUCUAGCUCGACUUGCUUGUAUGAAGAAAUCUUGCGAUAAACACUUUGAAGCAAACACAUCUGAGUGCACUUUCUACAAAAACACCAUGACUGAUAUUCCAAAGACAGAACUAGUUGGUGCAAGUCCAGUGAGAGUCUGGGAACAAUGCCUUGAUGAAAUGAAGAAGAUGAGUACGGAUUUAUUGGCCAUCCGUCACCAAGUUGAAGAGCACUUCAUAUCGUGUCUGGUGAAUAUGCUUCGCUGUGAAGAAGGACAAAGUGGACCCACGUAUGACUCUCUACAGGAAGUCAUUGACAAGAAGUCCUUCAGACCUUCUGUCAACCUCAGCACCCCCACCAUAACCAACAUCUCCUUCACUCUCUACGCUAUCUUGGGAGUGAAUGAAAAAGCACAAAUUCUUACCACAUUCCUCUGGCUCAGGCUGUACUGGUUCCAUGAGUUCCUCAUCUGGGAUCCAGACGCCUGUGACAGCAUUACGAAGAUCUCUCUUCCUGUCAAAGAUCUCUGGACUCCAGACAUUAUCGUUUAUGAGUUUGUGGAUGACGAUGUAUCUCAGGCCUGUCCUUAUGUGUAUGUGAACCACACGGGCCACAUCCGCUAUGAUAGGAUGUUGAGGCUUGUUAGCGCCUGUAACCUACAGAUCUUCAGUUUCCCUUUCGACAUACAGAACUGCUCUUUCACCUUCGGCUCCUACAUGCAUACAAUAAAGGACGUCCGUGUUAGUCCUGCCCUGUCCUUUAAGGAGAUGACAGAAAACUCGAAGCGUUACCUACAGGCCAGUGGAGAGUGGGAGCUUGUGUUUAUCUCAGGUGAUGCUGACAUUUUGAAGUUCGGAAUAGAUGAAUGGGACAUCAUCACUUUCUGGGUGGUGAUAAAGCGACGUCCGAUACUGUAUGUGGUGAACCUGAUCAUCCCCAGCUCUUUCCUCAUGAUUAUUGACAUCCUGUCCUUCUACUUGCCGCCGCACAGCGUGGAUCGAUCCUCUUUCAAAAUGACCCUCAUUCUGGGAUAUACAGUCUUUCUUCUCAUUAUGAAUGACCUGCUUCCCAGCACUGCUAAUGGGACACCUUUAAUAGGUAUCUAUUUCUCUGUGUGUCUGGCAUUCAUGACCAUAAGCCUACUGGAGACAGUCCUCAUCACCUGCGUUCUCCACCACAAUUCAAUGAAAUACAGGGAGGUGCCACACUGGGUUCAGGUGCUGGUGAUGCGCUUCAUUGCUCGAAUUAUUUGCUACAGUUUCCCCGAAGACCCUUUAGCUAAGCUAGAAGGGAAACAAGAAACCAAUCCAUGGGUCGUCCAGCCCUCAGAAUCAACGUCCAGUCAACAGACGUCCACUAAUGCAUCUGGAUCCAUGACACUGGAUGUGCCUGAACUAAGACAGAUCAGUCAGGAUCUUAGAGAGAUGAACAUUUAUUUGUCCAUUCUACGAAAAGAAGACCAUCUACAGAACCAGUGGUGUCAUGUGGGCUACAUCCUGGACUUCCUUCUCUUCCGCAUUUACCUGUUGAUAAUCACGGGAUACGCGCUUGUAAUCAUAUGCAUGUGGUGCAUUUGGAUGAACCAGUAGAAAGAGUACAGGCUAGUAGAAAAGAAUGUUUAUA